AUGACCGGCAGAGGCAGCUCAGCAGCAGAAGCACGCUGGUGGAGGCCGGCGACUCAACACGAGGCCCACAUGAAGGCGGCUCAACGCGAGGCCCGUGUAAAGGCGGCUCGGAACGAGGCCACAAUGGCUGCUUCUGAAACCAACCCCCGUCCAAGUCUUUGUCCUGGUUGUAGUUGGAAUUUGCUUGAUCUGAUAGCUACGGAGAUGCUCAAAGCGAGGCCAAGUGGGGGCAGCUUGCAGCAACAGUUGGACGCGGCAGGCCAAGGCGGCUCGACAAAGGAAUCCAGCAGUAACAGCAAAACCCACGAGGCAGAGGCAAAGCCGGCCACGGCGGCUCACGGGCAUAGUGACUUCGGCGACUCGCAGCAGUGGCUGCCUGAGGCGACAUGUAAGGGCUGCUUCGGAAGCGUGCCCGGGGUGACUCGAUGGCGGCGGCUUGAGGCCAGGGCGACUUGCAGUGGAAGCUGA